UUCGCCAAGGAGUGAGACUGUGCUCCGUCGUCAUGCUUUUCAUUUCAUUUAUUUAUUUUCUGUGAGUUGUGUGCGAGUUUAAAAGACUAGUGGUAUUUAAUAUGUACGGCGAAAAUGAUGCGAAUCGCCGAUUUUAUUGAAUCUCGAUUCGAACACGUUGUGAUACACUGUGAUAUACAUAGAUGAUUGGAAAAUGGUAAAGUUAAAAACAGUGCGAUAAGGACUACGCUGGACUAUUUUAUUUUAUCGAGAUCUCAUAACGAUAUUUGAGGGAUAAGUGCGAAACUGAACUUAGUGAUAACGAAACUGAUAAGGAUGGAGACUGAAGCUGAGGAUCAGGGAGAUCAUAUGCAGAACCAUUAUAACUCUUACACGAUGAUGGACAACUACCCCAAGUCCGAGAUGCUGGGGGGCGCCAUGGGGUCUCCUCAGGCGGGGGUCAACCACUACACGGUGUCUCCGUCCAACUCUCCCUCCCUGCUGUACAACUCGCACCUAUACAGUCCGCGCCACUAUUACAUGGCACAGGAGGACCUGGGGGUGCCCGUGUCGCAGAUGCUGCCAGGAGUCCACCGCCUCCAGGGGGACGACAUGAGCUGGCUAGGGAGCGGUCACUACCAGCACACCCUGGACACCGCGCCCAAGAUGUCACCGGCGCAGCAGCAGAAACAGGCCAAGGAGCAGAGGAUCAGACGUCCCAUGAACGCCUUCAUGGUCUGGGCCAAGGUGGAGAGGAAGAAACUCGCCGACGAGAACCCGGACUUACACAACGCCGACCUCAGUAAAAUGUUAGGAAAGAAAUGGCGCAGUCUGACCCCCCAAGACCGGAGACCGUACGUGGAAGAAGCUGAGCGGUUGCGGGUGAUCCACAUGCAGGAGCACCCCAACUACAAGUACAGACCUCGACGAAGGAAGCACAACAAGCGAGCUGGCAGUCUAGGGGCGAGUCCUCCUAGAGCGCAGCCUCGCACCCCCUACUACGGCGGACCUUACACACCUGCGGGCCUUCAUACUCCGGACUCCUCGCCCACGGCCAGUCCUGAGCCGGAGACUGCCUCGGCACCCGCCCUCCUAGAGGACACCAACCCGGCCACCGCGCUGCCCACCCCUGAGAUGUCACCCAUGGAGCAGGAAAACAAGGAGGGUAGCGCAUACAGCGACAAUAAGCGGUUCCACAACAGUAUGUGCUACAGCACAAGUCACCAGGACUAUUACCAGCGACUGGCCUCCAGCCCUUACAGACAAGGCUACCAGUACCAGGGGCAGGGGCAGAGCCCUAUAGCCGCCAUGGGGGUGGCUAAGGGGAUGGUGAUGAUGUGCACCAACCAGCGACUCCUGGGGACCUACGAGCACAGCGGAGUGGUCACCGGCACGUUCUAUCCUCCGGUGGCGACCAGCCAGGACCAGCCGUCCCCUGGGUACAAUACUCCGACCUCUAGAGCCUUCAUGUCCGCUUAUACGUCGUCCUCGGGCCUCUCCAUGAGUCCAUCAACAACCCCUCACUAUACGAGCUGUGCUAGUCCUGGCUCGUCACUCAGGCACACAGACUCCUACCAAGGAUCAGUUCUAUCGGACCAGCACUCUCCUCAGCGACGCCUCGCCUACCAGCUGCCGUCCUCGUCCCUAGGCUACCCUGACCUCAGCGAGCCUCGGCGACUGGACGAGGACACCCCAGUGGACACUCAUGAGUUUGACAAGUACCUCAAGUACCAGCCUGACCUAGACCACGUACCCACCUCCACUCCGCACCAGCUGGACUCUAACCACAACUACCAGCAGCAGGUACAGCAGCUGCAGCAGUACGGCUACUACCCCUCAGUGCUGGACCACACGGCUAGCUACUCCGGUAUCAAGACGGAGUUGCCCUACCUCCUGGAGGACCACUACGACCCCUUGCCUGCCGCGGCUCCAGCACCGCCUACCCACAAGACAGACGAAGACUUCAGUGUCAUCCUCGCCGACGUCCGCAAAACCUGCUACAGCAGCUGAGGUCCGCACUUCCUAGUUAUUGUGAAGUCGAUAUAUUUUACGUCCUAGUAACUUUCUAGGCUCUGGGCCUUGCGAAGGGGUUUCUCUGGCCCUCCAUCUAGGGUCGCUCUGUAAAACCCCGAAUCAAUUGAUGCUAGAGGUAACGCUGAUUUAAUUAUGUGUUUACAAACAAGUAUCUUUAGUUUGAACUGCUGUGUGUUUAAGUCUUAUGUCUAUCGAAGUCCAUCCGAAUUUAGGGAAUUAGUUUGACGAUUCAGUACGACUUUACAUCAACUGUAACUGACUCGAAUGAAUAAAUAAUUUCUGUAAUAAAAAUAAAAAGUUACAUUCUCAAAAAUAUAUUUGUAAGCAGAAAUUUUGAAUGAUUACUUCUAUUGUUGUAGGAUUACGUCUAUGCUACAACUUCAAAGAAUCGUUGGUUAAACAAUCCGUUACUGUCAGUGUUGCCUUUACCGAAUGUUAUUUUUCAUGUUAAAUGGUCAAACGAUUUGCUGAUACCAAUAGUCGAAUGGCCUAAAAUGUAGGUAAUUAGGUUUACGGAGUCUCCUACGUAGAACCAAAGAUUAGCUUGUGCAAGGAACGAGCACUCGACCUGUAAUUUCGUAUGUCAUGGAUGAUAGAUUUGUUUGUGAAUGAGAUGUAUAAUCACUUCCUAGAAAUAUCUUUCUUUUACUUAAUCAACAAAUUUAUAUCUUUUAGUUAGUACGUUCUAUUUAUUCUUUUCAGGCCGUGUUGUGAGAUUAUGUCUAAAGUAUUGUGUUUAUUUGUAUACCAUUAUUAUUAUCUUCAAAGGUUUAAUUUUAUCAAACAUUAAGUCACGUUUAUUGAAUUUGGACUUCAUAUAGGUUUACAGCAAUAACUCCCAAUGCAACUUGAAAAAUAUAUCGACUUCAUUUAAAAUUUAAGUGUAAUUUGGGUUUUGUGAACAAUUUAGGAUUUUCCUCACAUCACUGAUCUCAAUUUAUUUUGUUCUUUGUCCUUCCUGAUUUGAUUGUCAAAGACCAUAGGUUAACUCCAAUGUCUUUUGACAACCUGGAAAAUUUCCCCUAACGUGAUUACCGUACUUAACUAUUACUGUUCAUUUCAUGCUUAAGAAGUCAUGUAUGUAUUAAUUUGUAUAACUAUUACGUUGUUUAUUGAUAAUUAUUUUAAAUACGCUACCUGUAAAUGUUUUUUGUCUUUCACCUUCAUUAUUUUAUAUUGAAAAUUUAAAUUAAUUUAGUUAAAAAAUGUACACACAAAUUUCAAAACUAAGUACUAGUGAGAUUACCUGAAUUUGCUACUGCUGUUAAAAAGUUAUUUAUAUGGUUUGAGUAUUAACCCUUUUAAAUCUUUAGAUUUCCAUUUCAUAGGAUGCUGUUGUUAUUUUAAUUGGACUUAAAAACUGAUUAUAGUAUGGUAUUUUUAUACAAGCAUUUUUAACUUAAAUAAAUCAUAAUGAGCUUUUAGCUGAUGAUAUCAAUGGAGUGCCUUUUACAGCAUAUUCACAAUUUUACAUUUAAAAUACGUAGUACCUUUUUUCAAACACAUUUAAAGAAACAGUGCCUUAUUUUUCGCUAUUGCUCAUAAUAAUAUUAAAAUCAUAUUUCAUAUUGUGAUAACCCAACAUUGGAACACUAUUUAGUGUGUAAAGUAUUUAAUACAAAUUAUAAAGAACGCAAAGCAAUAAAAGACGCAGUACUUGGCCACAGUACUCAUUGUAGCAAAAGACUAACUGCAUUCCUCUCCUUCGUUUGUUGUAUAUAUGUUUGUACCAAGUUUCUCGAUGUAGUAUACGAGUUUUGUACCAAGUGCCUUCGUCUCUUUCCACAAGACUGAUCGUUUCCUUAGGCUGUUUUAUUUAUAUUUUCACGCUCAUUGUAAAUUUUACUUUUGAUCCAUAGGAAAAAUUACACUCUAAAAUAUUCAAAAAACAUUUUUCUUUUUCUUUUUAAUCGUUUAAAACUACACUGUAAACAAGUAUGGUUGUACCUCCCAAACUAAUUGAGAAAAUUUGUAUUUUUCUAUUAUAAAGUAUGAAACAGCAAGUACCUGUAACAGGUAUAUAAUAACUAGUGAUAUCUUACUUUCUUGCCAAAAACACAGUAGAUAUUUUCAAAUUGCAUGUGUUUUACGCAGAAUUUUUCGAGGUUCCUUUUUUAAUGUAACACUUUUGAGCCUAGUAUUUUAUUUUGUGUGUGACUUACUAAAUUUAAGACAAGUUUGCAGUUAUCCUCGUAAUUAUACAAUGAGUUUUCUGUUGAACAUUUUACAGUAAUACAGGGUCGAUGAUUUUCUUGUGCUCAAACUAUGUCUUUAAAAUGUUGUAUAUAUUCCUACUGAAUAUUUAAAUAGAUUUAAGGGUAAUUUUGUAAUGACGGUUCAUUGUACAAUUGUACUCGACAAUUAUUAUA